AUGGGGAAUUUGUAUUUCGAGAAAAGGUCUAAGACUAUCGAGCAGAAGUACGGUAGGAAUGUGAUGGAAGUUAGUUCUGGCUCAUCUAAUAGGAAUAUUCGAAAUAGUGGUGAUAGAAGUCAAAGAGGGUGGAAGGAUGAAAAUGUGAAGAAUGGAAAAAAUAUCGCACUGGUUGAGGAUGGAGAAGAAAUGCCCGUUUCGAUUUUAAAGUCGAAGUUUCAGAAGACGGCUGACGAGCAAAUCAGGGGGCAGGGGAACAAUGGGGUUUUGAAGGUUAUGGUGAAAAAGAAGAAAAAGGACUUGUUUGCUGACAAUGAGACAAGUGCUGAGAAGGAGAAAGAGGAGAAGAUAAAAAGAGGCAUACUAGUAUAUAAAUCGAAGAAAAGGAUGAAAAAUGAGGAAGAAAGAUCUUCACCUCCAGAGAAUGUAACUUCUCUGAAAGGUAAAGAAGGAAAAGAAGGCCAAGCCCAGCUUGGUGGGAGUACCGAAAAGCAAAAGCUGCGGGAGAAGAUAAGAGGGAUAUUAGUUGACGCUGGGUGGACUAUAGAUUAUAGACCGAGGCGUAAUAGAGAUUAUCUAGAUGGUGUCUACAUUAACCCUGGUGGGACAGCAUACUGGUCAUCCAAGGGUUUGAAUUCUAAAGCAAUAGAAAGGUGUACCCUUAUGGUCCGUGGUCAUGAUAAUGGGGAUAGCUUGGAUUCUGAUGGAUAUGUUCCAUAUUUUGGGAAAAGAACUAUCUUGACCUGGCUGAUAGACUCUGGGAAAGCAAGCUUACGUGAGAAGGUGCAGUAUAUGAACCGUAAGAGGACUCGGGUCUUGUUAGAAGGGUGGAUCACACGAGAUGGUAUCCACUGUGGCUGUUGCAGUAAAAUUCUUACUGUCUCAAAGUUUGAGGCGCAUGCUGGUAGCAAUUUGUGCCAGCCAUUUCAGAAUAUAUUCUUGGAGUCGGGUCCAUCCCUUUUGCAGUGCCAGGUUGAUGCCUGGAAUAGUCAGGAUAAAUGUUUGCUUCGGGAUUUCUUCAAGGUUGAUGUUGACGGUGAUGAUCCGGAUGAUGACACGUGUGGACUUUGUGGGGAUGGGGGUGAUCUUAUCUGUUAUUAUUGCCUCCUGAAUAAUUUAACGGCUGCUCUUGCUCUUCUUAGGGCGAGCUUCCUUCAGGGGAUUGGCACUGUUCAAACUGUACUUGCAAAUUUUGUGGCAGCGGAAAUGUUUCUGAAGAAAAUGAGAGUGCUGGGAAUGAACUUAACAGAUGCAGCUUCUGUGAGAACAAAUCUCUAUGAUCAUUUACAGAAGAUUCUUGGAGUUAAACAUGAAUUGGAAGCAGAAUUUUCAUGGUCUCUUAUUCAACGAAAAGACAUAUCUGAUGCUUCCCAGAGUGGAUAUCCGCUAAGGGUGGAGUGCAACUCUAGGCUAGCUGUUGCAUUAUCUAUCAUGGAUGAAUGUUUCGUGCCCAUUAUUGACAGGAAGAGUGGGAUAAAUUUGAUUCAUAAUGUUGUCUAUAAUUGUGGAUCAAAUCUUAACUGUCUGAAUUAUCGUGGAUUUUAUACGGUUAUUUUGGAGCGUGGUGAUGAAAUAAUAUCUGCAGCAUCUAUCAGGUUUCAUGGUGACCGUUUGGCUGAGAUGCCAUUUAUUGGGACUCGUGAGAUCUAUAGGCGUCAAGGAAUGUGCAGACGCCUUUUAUCCGUUAUUGAAAAAAAACUUACUUCCCUCAAGGUUGGACAAUUGAUUAUUCCCACCAUAUCAGAGCAUAUGAACACGUGGAUUAGAGAUUUUGAUUUCCAAAAACUUGAGGACGUACACAGGAAAGAAUAA